AUGGGCUAUAAACUACAGGACAUGACGGACGUACAGGUCAUGGCUCGACUGCAGGAGGAGAACAAGCUGCGGAGAAGCAUGCCCAACCUGAUCCGAGCUCCCAGCAUGCAUUGCGAUCCCAGUGUUGUUCCAAGCCUGGUGUCUCCUGUCAAUCACUCAUCUGGCCCCUCCUCCCUGCCAAUAACCAUGCGGAGCAGCCAGAGCUUCGACUCGUCCAAUGGGCUCGCACGACUUCAGUCCUCCAUUCCCUCCAUCGGCCAGCUCAGCCAGCGAUUCCAGAGUGUGGGAAACUUCCACACAAGCCCCCGACACCCUGUCAAGGCCACAGCCUAUGUCAGCCCCACGGUCCAACAGGGUCCCUUCUCCUCCUCCAACACCCUUUCUACCUCUGCCAUUCGUCACAUCCCCAGCAGUGCACCCCAGGCCCUCAAAGUCACCAUCCCCAGUGGUGUCCCCCAGCUCUCCUCCACCCCCCGUAGUGCCUUACCACGACCCGCCUCCUUCACAGGGACCGGUGGCAUUCCCCGCCCCAGCAAGAUCGCCCAGCCCACACACAGUCUAUUGACCCCCCCAAAGAGCCUGGCUACGCUAAGCGCUCUGAGAGACGGCAGCUGGAAGGAUGGCUGCUACUGA